AUGGUCAAACAACAAAUUGUGAUGAUUGUCGGAGAUUAUGUGGAGGAUUAUGAAGCAAUGGUUCCUUUCCAAGCUUUGGAAAUGAUCGGGCAUCAAGUCUCUGUCAUUUCACCAGGAAAGAAGAAGGGUCAAAAGGUUGUUACUGCCGUUCAUGAUUUUCUUCCAGGAGAGCAAACCUACACUGAGUUGAAAGGACAUAAUUUUCAAAUUACUGCUGACUUUGAUGAAGUCUUGAAUCAUUUGGAUCAGUAUGGAGCUCUUGUUCUUCCAGGUGGUAGAGCUCCAGAACAUUUAAGAUUGAACGACCAUGUGUUGAAGAUUGUUCAACAUUUCGUGGAUUCCAACAAGCCAAUUGCUUCCAUUUGUCAUGGACCUUUGAUUUUAACUGCCAUCCCAGGAGCCAUCAAAGGCAAGAAGAUUGCUGCUUACUUUGCUUGUAAGCAUGACAUUAUCAAUGCUGGAGCUGAAUGGGUGGACUGUAAGGCCGAUGGAGCAGUUGUUUCAGGCAAUAUUGUCACUGGAGUUGCAUGGCCUGGUCACCCAGAAUGGUUGAGAGCUUUUGUUCAAUUACUGGGAACCAAGAUUGAAUUGUAA